GCAGGUCCAAAGGGUAAAUAAUAAAGUUGAUAUCCGGGUGAGAAUACGUGCUGCGCUUGUGUUGGAUACCAAUCAACUGCUUCUAUCCACAAGUGAACUUUGAACUACAUUUCCCAGGAUGCUUUGAGCAGGGUGAGAGGUUAUCAGGACUUGUGUAGUUCUCCACAGCAACUGCACCCUCGUUUGACAGGAAAACAAGAACCUUGCACUGAAUAUUGAGCAAUAUUUGUCAUCUUUCACACACUUAUAUGAGUGCUGACAGUGAGUCAGUGUUCACGCGGUGUGUAUGAGCGACACGGCAGCUGCUCGGGACGAUAAUCCGGCUGGAAACAAUCACCCUGUGCUGCUGGACUGCUGCGGAGGACUCAACAACAUCGACUACUCGGAGAUGGACGUGACGCUGAUGGAGGGACUCCUGCGACACAUCAACUUUCAUGACUCCAGCUUUUGUAUUGCUGUGAUAGCCAUCAUAUUCAACCCUUUAUUCUGGAAUGUGGUGGCAAGAUGGGAGCACCAUACGCGGUCACUCUCCAAGCUCUUUGGUAGCCCUUAUCUGGCCUGUUACUGCCUGGGCUUUGUCAUCAUUCUGCUCAAUGUGUACCGCAGCCACAGUAUGACGUUGGCAAUGAAGGCCCAGGCCAAGUGGGAGGUGAUGGACAGGACGGAUGUUUUCUACGCUGGCGUAGCUCUCAUGGUGCUGGGCACUCUGCUGGUGGUCGGCAGCUUUCUGGCUCUGGGAUUCACUGGAACCUUCUUAGGUGACUACUUUGGCAUCCUGAUGGAUGAGAAGGUGACAGGUUUCCCCUUCAACAUCCUAGAAAACCCUAUGUACUGGGGCAGCACUGCCAACUACCUAGGCCUGGCACUCAUUGGUGCCAGUCCUGUUGGUCUCGUCCUGACUGCCAUAGUGGCCGUGGCUUACAAGGUGGCGAUAAGAUUCGAGGGACCAUUCACCGAUCAGAUCUAUCAGGAGAGGAACCACCGCCGCAAGCUUGAAUAAUCACCUCCCGCCCAGGCACUUCCUGCUCCUGGUUUGGCUGAGGAUUCCCAUCCUGUCACAAGGACAGACAGACUUAACAACAGACAGACUUUACCAACAGCGUUUAUCAUUAGUCCACAUCCUGUGUGGAUUCAGAAGCUACCUUCGCACUGCAGCUGCAAGAGUUUCAUUUUUGAUUUUGUUUUAUGCUCUUCUAAAGAAUGUGGAUGCCACAUGGAGGGUGGCAAGUCAAAGUAAUAGUUUGAUAUUCUGAAAAUCAUUCUUAUUUUGGUUCUUGCUGAUAUUUAGAUGAGAAGAUUGAUACCACUGUCACGAGAGCUCCCACAUGAAACUGUUCACAACAAGGUCAGCAGACCAGCCUGAGCAACCAGACCAUGAUCUCUGGAAAAACACUGCUGACUGUCUCUCUGUAAGAGAGUAAUUGAGGGCAUUUCCAAAGAUGUGAAAUUAUUCCUUUAAAGCUGUACAAUGUUGGAUUUCCACUGUAUGUACAUUAGGAGUGUCAUGAUUCUCCAAAACCAUAAUUCAAUUGUCCUUUUGAUUUUAAGGUCACAAUUAGAUUCAGUUCUUUAAGAUUAACAUAUCAUUGGUUUCAUGCCCUGACAACUGUCAUUUACAUCUUAAAAUCCUUGAAAAAAAGGCUACAUGGUGACAUAACUGCUAUAUAGUUUUUGGGAAUAUACCAUACUAAAGCAAUACGGUCAAAUUUCAAUCAUUUAUUUAAAAGAAGAGUGUAUAGGAUUUAGGGUGAGGGUUACAGAUAGCAACCAGCUGAAAGUACUUCCUGUUAGAAUUAAGUGCUCAUUAUUCAGGAGGUUUUUACAGGGUACCGAAUUUUCCACAAAGGUGUCUUCCUCUUCGAAACAAACAAACCCUGUAAUUUAAACUGGUAAUAACACUAAACAAAGCAGUUUCAUAUAAAAAACCUGGUGGCCAACACAAAAAUGCAUAUUGACUUAUCUAGAGCUAGCGUUUGGUUUUUGUCUGUUCUGGGCUACUGUAGCAACAUGCCGGACUCCAUGGACAAGGAUACACUUCAUAUGUAAAUAUGAACAACUCAUUCUAAGGUAAAAUAACAACAAUUCAUAUUUUCAGGUGAUUAUAAACCAAAGAAAACGUACUAAUUGUGCCAUUUUCAAUUACUAUCAAUGUACCUACCUAAAUCCUACACACUGGUCCUUUAUGGUAAAGCUUCUAAAUUCCUUGUUAAGAUAUUUAAAGUAUCAAAAAUAAAAACUACAAACUGUGAAA